GGACGCCAACUAUCGAAGGGUAAAGUUGUUGGAGGACGUUGGAAAAUCUUGAAACGAAUCGGAGAGGGUGCAUUUGGUGCCGUAUACAAAGUUGAAGAUAUUGAUAGUGGUGAGCUGAUUUUACGACGUCUUGAGGGGAAAGCUUAUUUUGCUCAGCUCAUUCAAACUGGAAAGAAGACUACGUACUCGUAUAUCGUAAUGACAUUGCUAGGAGAAAGCCUGGACACGAUUUUAAAGAAAGUCGGAAGAAUUUGCACAGUGUCAACUCAAAUACGAAUAGGAAUAAACACUCUGUAUGAAAUAAAGCAACUCCAUGAUGUUGGGUUUGUACACCGAGAUAUUAAGCCGGGAAACAUGGCUCUUGGCUGUAGCGGAACUCCACAGCACCGUUUCAUCCAUAUUUUCGAUUUUGGUCUGGCACGGGAGUACAUAGUUGUGGAUAGAGAUGGUCGGACAAAGAUGCGACGACCGCGUCCAAGGGCUCAUUUCAGAGGAACUAUACGGUAUUGCUCGGCCAACGCUCAAGAAAGGGGAGAGCAAGGACGACCUGACGAUUUAUGGUGUCUACUCUACCUUCUAGUUGAACUACGCGGACCUUUGCCUUGGACACAUAUACGGUACUUUCUUUCCACUUCGAUUAUCGUACUACAAAUUUCCCAGUUUUUCUCGUCAUAA